GUCAAAACUUCCUGAACAGUUAGGCUAAACUGGUGAUUAUGAUUUAGAUUUAGAUUUUGGCAGAUUCAGCCAACACAUGAGUUGGUUGUCUCUAUAGGAAACAAUCAGAGGUCCAAUCUUGAUUUAUUUUUAUUUUAACCUUGCAGGUAGACCUAAUAAUAAGACGAGGACCUGAUAAGGAACUGGAGACAGCAUAUGCAGAGGACAAACAUGUCUGCUGCAAGAAAAGAACUACAGGAGGCCUUGUGCUGCUACACCGCAGAUACCCUCAUCUACAUCGACACAGUGAGAGAGUUCUGUGAGAGGAGCCCUAAAUGGAUGCUUGCGACGGAGACAGAGUCGCACAUGAUGGUGGACAUCAAAGAUAGGGCUGAGAGCAUCGACCUAAGCAUCAGCCAUGUUACCCAGUCAGAGAACAAAGGUAAGAGAGGUAAGGCCUUUUUGGAAUAUAUGAAGAGCAAGUUCACCCAGGUGACUGCAGACAGCAGACGUGCAGAGCUGGAGAAGGAGCUGGCUGCUGUGCUGAAGGACACUCUGAGUGGCCUGGAGAAGCUCCACAGCUUCCUGGAUGCAGUGGAGAAUCUGGCGGUCACCUCACUCCAUGUGUUCAUGGAGGAGAACCAGGCAUUACAUUUGCCAGAAGGGAUCAGCCUCGAACAAGUUCAGGUUGUCAUCACUGCUGCACGGGAAAUCUGCCCUCUCCUCCUCAAGUUUAAAAGAGAUGAGAGUGUCUUUUUCCUUCCCAAACUUCAGAAUGUGGAAGUGCUGUCAUAUCAGCUGGACAGAUACAUCCAGACCACCCAGAAAAUCUGUGAGAAGUUAGAGAAAAGCUCCUUCAGUGACUUUUUCCUGAAUUUGAACGACGAAACUCUGGUAGACCUCGAUGUGGAUUUGUCUGAAGAUGACAUACAAAGGAUGCUUCAUCACAUUAAUCAGCUUGAUGAAAUCAGGAUGAAUGAGAGCUUCCGGACGGUGUUCCUGUUUCAGGAGGAACCAUGUUCUGGCUUCAUCAGUGAGUUCAGCGAGCGAAAGCCCAGGAUGCUGAAGUUUCUAGUAGACCUGGAGGAGAAUGCUGUUCAGCUAGACAGGAUGAAUAAGGGGGCAAAGAUCUCCAGUGUGGCAGGCAGCUCAGUGGGGGCAGCUGGAGGUGUGCUUUCCAUCAUUGGUUUGGCAUUAAUUCCUGUAACAGCUGGAGCGUCUCUAAUUCUGACAAUGACUGGGGUGGGGCUGGGAAUUACCAGCGGAGUCAACAGUUUAGUCACCACCGGCACAGAGAUUGGCGUUAACCAUAACCAUCAAAAGAAAGCCAGGGAGACCUUCCAGAGAUUCAUGGAGGAUGUGCAGUGUUUCCAGAAUUGUCUGGAGGAGGUCACCAAAAGGGGAAUGAGCCAGAUUGAUGUGGUUGUGGGAGUAGGCAAGGUGUUUGGUAAAGCUGGUGCUAUUGGGAAGGGUAUCGAUGGGCUUGUUGAUGCUGCCUCUGCUGUUAAGUUGUUAAAAACUGAGGACCUGGUUGUAAGUGCUGGCAGAGUGGCAGUGCAGGAAGGAAAAGCAUUACGUAACGUGCCCAGGAUGGCGGCAGAUAUCCCAGAUAUUGGUCAGGCAGCAGUCAAAGGGCCUCUUGCACUCUCCAAGUCAGCAAGAGCCGGUCUCAUCGGGCUCAACGCUCUCUUCCUCGGCAUGGAUGUCUUCAUCAUCUGUAAAGGCAGCAUCAGUCUGGCCAAAGGCAGCGAGACUGAAUUCUCUCAGUUCAUCAGAGUCAGAGCUGCACUCUGGCGCUCGGAGAUUGACUCAUGGCAGAAGAUCCAUGACUUCCUGUGCGAAGGUCAGCUGACAUCAAAGGAAAACAAAGCUGUCCUGGAGACGCCAUUUUAUCCAGAGAGGGAGAUGAAGAAACUCUGAGAAACAGAAAUGCAAAUUCCAUUUGAUGAAGUGGAUGAAAA